CCAUCACUUCUUUCCACUACAUUUAUCCGUCGAUCAAAUCCUAUAACCAUCAUAGCUUGGGUUCUUGAUUAUGAUGUUUAUGCGCGUCCCAAUAAAUUAUACGUUCAAUUAUGGACUAAUUUGAAAAUUCCAAGUUGGUCAAGUAUAGAAUUGGUUGAAGAACAACAACAAAUCAUAAUUGGCUGUGAUCCUGAUGAGUCUUAUCGCGUUUUUAAAAUUGUAAUUUCUACUAUUGAUAUUGAUGAAGGGUGGUAUGAAUUUACUGUUAGAAUCAAAAGAGAAGAUUGGGAAGGUUGGAGGUGGAUAAGCGCGAAUGAAGGUCAAAAUGCUAAAAUAUUUAUAAGCAAAACAGAAAAUAACACAGGUCCUAGAGAAGAUUUAAAUCGAUCCAUCUUUUAUGAAAGAAUUGAUGAAAAGAAAGUUAGGUAUAGUUUACAAGGAGAUGUUGAUUGUUGGUGU